AUGCCGCCCCUGUUGCCCCUGCGCCUAUGCCGGCUGUGGCUCCGCAGUCCCCCCACCCGGCUACUUGGAGCGGCCGCCGGGCAGCGGUCUGGCCCCAGGAACUACUAUGAACUUCUGGGGGUGCAUCCUGGUGCCAGCCCUGAAGAAGUUAAACGAGCGUUCUUCACUAAAUCCAAAGAGCUACACCCUGACCGGGACCCUGGGAACCCCACCUUGCACAGCCGCUUUGUGGAGCUGAGUGAGGCAUACCGUGUGCUCAGUCACCAGCACAGUCGCCGCAGCUAUGACCACCAGCUCCGCUCCGCAAGCUCCCCAAAGUCUCCAGGAACUGCAGCCCACCCAGAAUCUGCCCACCAAGCACAUAGCUCCUGGGAGCCCCCCAACGCACAAUACUGGGCCCAGUUCCACUACGUGAGGCCACAGGGGCCUGAGGCCAGGCGGCAGCAGCAGAGACGCAACCAGAGGGUACUGGGCUAUUGCCUCCUGUUCAUGCUGGCCGGCAUGGGCCUGCACUAUGUGGCCUUCAGAAAGCUGGAGCAGAUGCACCGGAGCUUCAUGGACGAAAAGGACAGGAUCAUCACCGCCAUCUACAAUGACACACGGGCCCGGGCCAGGGCCAACAAAGCCAGGCUCCAGCAGUCACAGACGCAGACACAGCCACUGCCGCCACCGCCACAGACCCAGGACCCUGGGGUCCUGCCCGGUGGCACUAACCCCUGA